AUGCGCGACCCCACAAUGCAGACGUACGAGGCCAUCAACACAGACUGCCUGCUCAUGUGCGGCAUCACCUGGUUCACCGGCUGCGGCUGGAUCUACGCCAUGAUGAAGCGCGGCGAGAUCCGCGAGCGCUUCGGUAUCAAGGGCUCCGGCGGCUCCGACUGCUGCGUGAGCUACUGGUGCGGGUGCUGCGCGCUCAUCCAGCAGGACAAGGAGGUGCAGGCGCGUCUGUCGACGGGGCCUAUUGUUCAGGGGUACCAACCGCAGAAGGAGGGCAUGCACAUGCCGCCACAGCAAGCUUGA